AUGGCCACAGAGAAAGCUAGAAGAAAGUCACUGCCACAUCUUCUUCCUGAAGAUAUCAUCCUUGAAAUACUUCUGCAACUCCCUGUCAAGUCUCUGGUUCGGUUCAGAUGCAUUUGCAAGAGUUGGGUCGCUUUAAUUGAUGAGCCAGGCUUCACCAAAAGGCGCAACCAACGUCGUAUAAUUUUCUCAGCUUUUAACAAACCACCAUUCUCAAUUGAAUCUAUGGACUUUGAAGGUUUAGAUAACAACCUAGUUACUUUCAAUCUUCCAUUGAAAAAAACUCCUAAACCACGUAUUGAAGUGCUGGUUUUGGGGUCUUGUAAUGGCUUGUUAUUGUGCAAACUCCAUCAGAAUUUCGAAGAUAACCUCUUCUUAUGCAACCCUACCACUAGACAGUGCAAAGAGUUGCCACAAACUGGUUUUUGCAGAUGUAGUUUAAAUUUCUAUGGAUUUAGUUAUGAUUCCUCCACUGACGACUACAAGGUAGUGAGAGGUCUUUGCAGGCUUGUCAAACACUUCAAAAGAUGUCAUAAAAAAGCUUCUCGAAUCAAAAUCUAUUCAAGAAAAACCAAUUCUUGGAAAAGGAUUGAAGAAUUCCCUUCCCUGAGAUUCUUCCAAAGUAUUGGUGCUCUUGUUAAUGGAUUUCUGCAUUGGAAAGGCGACCUUCAGCCCUGUAAAAAAUGGUUAUUGAUUGCUUUCGAUUUAGAGAAGGAAAAAUUCAGAGAAGUGCCAAAACCGGAUUUUGGAGAUUGGGGUUUCAUACAUCAGGUAUGUGUUUUAGAUGGAUGUCUUUGUGUAGUUUGUGGUCAUUGCGAAAGGUAUACUAAGGAUUUGAGUUUGAAGGUAUGGGUGAUGAAAGAGUAUGGAGUGAAGGAAUCUUGGACAUGCUUAUUAACCAUAAGGCCCAGUGAAACAAUAUUGGGUGUUUCUUUGGCAAUUUUGCCCUUGUGCACCACAAAUGGUGGUGAACUUGUCUUGCAACUCACUCGCGGAAGGAUUGUCAAAUAUAAUUUCAAAGAGGAAAAAUUUGGUGUGCAUGAAUGA